AUGCCGGUCCUUCGGGAAGCUCUCGUGGAGCGGACGGGUGUGGCCAUGGAGCAGCUGGGCGUGGUAGUGUCGCACACAGAAAGAGAGAUUGUCGAGUCCGUCUCGGCAUUGCUUCGACGUGUGAACAUACCUUUCAACAGCACAAGCCCAGCUGGUCUCAUAGAAGCCAACACCGUGGACCCGUGGAACAGAAGUGGUAAAUAUGCGCUCGCAUAUGUCUACUUUUGCAUACCUCUGCUUGUCAUCGCAGCCUUGAUGCGAUACUAUCAUCUAUUCACGGACAAGAUCCGGACAGCACUACACCAAGAAGAGGUAUUACAGUCCUCGACGACAUCCUCUCCCGACACAGAUUACGAAAUGUCGGUACUUGAUACUGACAAGUCCACCAUGAAGUUCUUUCCUCGCGAAGGCCCGCUACCCAGCGCGCCAAAACAACAAUCCAGCGUUUCUUCUGUCGGGCCGAUCAACAACCUGGUGGCGUUCUUCCGGUUCAUCUUCUACCGGCCAAUCCCACAGAUCAGGGUCAAGAAGGGAUGGAGGCCAAUCGUGUUCCCAUCUUUGGCUAUCGUCGUGAUAGUGUUCUUAGCUCUGAUCCUUGGAGUUCUAUACUGCACCCUUCCGCAGCCGCUGUUCUGGGACAGUAUCGCUUAUGGUUCGCCUCCAUUGGCCGUUCGCUCAGGCAUGAUGGCCGUGGCACUGAUGCCAUGGAUCGUUGCGCUUGCGACCAAGGCGAAUCUCAUCUCAAUGAUCACUGGCAUUAGCCAUGAGCGAUUGAAUGUGUUGCACAGAUGGGCGGCGUACAUCUGCCUGUUGCUGAGCAUCUUGCACACUGUCCCCUUCUAUGUCACGCCCGUCUGGGAGAAGGGUGCGCAGCAAGCGUUCCAGCAGCUGCUUCAGCAACAGAGCGGGAUGUACAUUUACGGAACUGGUAUUGCAGCACUCGUGCCACUGUGCUUCCUAUGUACGCACUCCAUUGCGCCUCUCCGCCACCGAAUGUACGAACUGUUCGUGGCUCUGCACGUACCCGUUGCCAUUGUCUUCCUCGGAAUGAUGUUCUGGCAUUGCAACAAUUACCUAACGUCAUGGCACUACUUACUGUCUACUCUGGGAAUCUGGCUUCUCUCCUACUUCAUGCGCCUGUUCUAUCUGAACUGGACUCGCCCAGGCCAGCUAUCCUGGCUCAUUGGCGAUGAGGCCGCCGUGACGCUCAUGCCCGAAAACGCCAUCAAGAUCACCAUCCCAACCAAGAUGCGGUGGAGACCUGGACAGUACGUCUAUCUCCGCAUGCCUGGAAUCUCGGUCUUCGAAAACCACCCCUUCACCAUCGCUUCGCUAUGCAGCGAGGACUUCCCUUCGGAGUACGGCGAGGGCUACCGCGACAUGGUCCUCGUCUUCCGCCCAUUCGGAGGCUUCACGAGGAAGGUCCUCAACAACGCUCUCGAUCACGGCCCAUGGCACACAUAUCGUGCAUUUGUCGAUGGUCCGUAUGGAGGCAUGCAGAGGCGUAUUGAGGCGUUUGAUGACGUCGUACUCAUUGCUGGAGGCAGCGGUAUUACUGCCAUCGUCUCGCAGUUGCUGUCUCUUAUCAAGAAGAUGCGCGAUGGCAAAGCUGUUACCCGAAAGAUCCAUGUGAUCUGGGCCCUCAAACGUCCCGAAACCAUGGAGUGGUUCAAAGAAGAACUGCGCAUCUGCCGCGAGUAUGCGCCUCCCGAGACGGUCGAGUGCCAAUUCUACAUUACCACCGCGAAGCGCAACCCACACGGCGGACUUGUCAGCGCAAAGACGCCCACCCGUCCCGUGUCGAUGUUCUUUCACGACAAAGUCAACGAUGCUUUCCAGAACAUCGCCGACCACCGCCUUUCCGGUGUCUCCGGUAUUUCCUCAAAACGACACUCGGCUCUUAUCCGUGACGAAGCACAGGGAGACCCAGAGAAGGAGUCUGAACUGCGUCGCGAGAAUGAAGACAGCAUCACAGCGCUUCCACAAGCGCACAUGGUCCCCAUCAAUCGGGGCCACCUCGCACCACCACGUCCAAGUUACAACAGCGGGCGAAGCUCUGCCGAAUCAGCACAUAGCUCGAACCCCGAUCUUAUAGCGCCUGCGCCACGCGGCCUUGCUGCCCGACGUCAAGAACGCAACCUGUCCCUCGACAUCAGUCAAGCCGUCUCUUCGGGUUCCGGCGCGAUUAAUCCGGACAUCUCCCACAACCCUACCGAAGGCGGGCAGGGUUUCGACUUCGGUUUCCCGUCGACACCCACUGAGUUCCAAAAGAAUCUCAUGCGCUUCGCAUUUCUACCUGCGGCCGUCAAGAAGAAGGAUGGCUGGAGCACCGAGUACGGACGCCCGGAUAUACCCUAUCUGCUCAAGGGACUGAGCAAGAACUUUGGGCGCAGAACGUGUGUGUUCGUUUGCGGACCCCCCACCAUGCGCGUUAGUGUGAGUGAGACGAUUGCGCAACUCCAAAGGAGUGUGUGGAGUGACAGUGGGCGCGAUGAGAUUUUCCUCCACGCCGAGAACUACGCCUUAUAG